AAUAAAAAAAUAAUUGGAAAUCACAACUACAAACACCCCCUCUGCUACACACACUCACUACUGCAAAAAUAUGUACAACACAGAGAGACAAACUUCUCUCUUUUCUGCACUCCCGAAUUUCUCUCUCUUCCUCUCUUUCUUCAUCCUCUGAAGCAUUUGAAAAUCCCCAAAAAUAAAUACAAUAAUUAAAAAAGUUUUGAUUUUGAUUUUAUUAACUUUAAUGUCAAGGGUUUUUGAAGAACAUGAUUACAUAGGAUUAUCAAAGGUUUCUUCAAUUGAAGAACAAACCUCUGACAAAUCCAAAAACUCAGAUAUUUCUGACAAGAAGAACACCAAAACGCUCAAUUUCAAAGCCACUGAAUUAAGGCUUGGAUUACCAGGCUCACAAUCCCCUGAAAAUGGUGUUGGUGAUGAUGAUCAUUUUAAUUACAAAAAUGUUGGUAAAUUCAACAAUUUAGUUUCGGGGGCUAAAAGGGGUUUUUCUGAUGCCAUUACUGGAGCUUCCAACAACUGGGGUUUGUCUGAAAAUGGUGGAUCUGACACUACUGCUAUGGAGGAGAAUGAUGAUAAAAAGUUGCAGAGUUCUCCCCCUGUUUCCGUGCAGCCUUCUUCUGCUAUUGCUUCUUCAAAGGCGCAGGUUGUAGGAUGGCCACCGAUUAGAUCAUUCCGGAAGAACUCCAUGGCCGUCAUCAACACACCAAAAAUCAAUGAAGACAAAGAUUUCAAGCCGGAAGCAGGGUGCCUUUUUGUAAAAGUGAGUAUGGAUGGCGCCCCUUAUCUAAGGAAAAUCAAUCUCAGAACCUAUGGAGGUUAUGUUGAACUUUCCUCAGCCCUCGAAAAGAUGUUUAGUGGCUUUACAGUGGGUGAAGUUGAUUUUAGUAAGGGGAGAUUAAUGGAUAAUCUUCGCCAUUCUGAAUAUGUUCUUACCUAUGAAGACAAGGACGGUGACUGGAUGCUCGUUGGUGACGUUCCAUGGAACAUGUAUAUGGACUCCUGUAGAAGGAUGAGGAUCAUGAAGAGUUCAGAUGCAGUUGGGCUAGCAUCUAAAUCUAGUGAGGAUUCUGAGGAAUGAUUUUGUCCGUGGAUCUGAAAGUACCAAUGGUCUGCUAAUGAGUUUUCGACUGUCUUCAUCCAGAACCUUGUAAUUAUAGCUCAAGGUUUAUAGCCAGCUCGAUCAGAAGACGUACCUCUGAACGUACUGCAACAUAUGUUGUUGGCGUUGCAGAACAUAUGUUGUUGUUUAUGUACAGAAGACAAAGCAAGCAUAUCAUGAUUGUCUUUUGCUAUAUAGUUGAGUCUGAGUGCAUCAUCUAGGACUGCUGGACUGGUAUGCUCUUCCUUAUGUUCCUCAGCUCUUAUGGUAUACAUUUGCGUGAACUCGGUUUGUAUUAAAGAUCUAUCAUUUCCUGCCUCUUAUGUAAUAAACUGUUUGCUGAACUAUCUAGUUUGGUACAAUUGAUUCCCUACAUAAAACACAAGCAUUAAGUA